AUGUGGAUUAUUGAAGCGCGAUCGAGGUCUAAAGGGGCUGCCGUAGCCCGCCCGGUGGAGCGACCAGUGGCGUCUCGCAGCGACGGCUCCACUAGCAGCGUAGGCACCCGCCAGCAGCAGCAAGUCUUAAACAACGAUAUCAUCCCCAGCAUCAGCAGCAACAGCUCUGUCGGCAACUCGAGAAGUCAGCAGCAGCAGGCGGUCUCCAGAAGCGACAGCAUCACAGUCGCCAGUAGCAGGGACAGGGGUGUGGGAGCCCAUCAUCAGGUGGUUCCACGCGGCGAUAGUUCGGCCAGCAACAUCAGCAGCGCCAGCAGCGUCAGCAGCGUCAGCAGCGCCAGCAGCGCCAGCAGCGUUAGCAGUGUCGACAGCGACAUCGGCAGAAGCCAACGGCCACACUGGACCCACUCAGACGACCAGCAGCGGCGGACGGACCAGCAGCCGCCGGAGGUCAGCCGGAGACGGGAGGCUGGCAGUCCGCGGCCGGUACCGGCCGAACGUCCUCAAGAGCCAGGCGGCGGUCCGGAGCGUCAGCCGCCCGGCUCGGCGGCCGAGGAGAAGGAAUGCGACAGUCAGGAGGCCACGCUGGUGAACUUGUCGCCGCGCCUGCCGGACAUCAACCAGAACAGCAUUCAGCUGACAGGCUGCACCGCGCUGCACGCGCGCAAGGUGGGGUGCCAGAGCGCGGCGUGCUGUUCGCUGAUCUGCGCUCAGUGUCGCUACGCCAAGGACGAGCAGCUGGCCCGCGUGAUGUGGGUUGCAAGGAUCCGGCCCGGUCGACCGGCGGACGAGUCUACUCUGCUGGGGCACCUGGGUCAGAUCCUGGGCGCCGAGCGGCUGCGCGUGACACUGGGCCUGCUGCUGGCCCGCUGGGACGCCGAGGAUGCUGGCUGGGCCGAGGAGCUGCCGCUGGCGCUGGGCAGGGAGCACGUGCACCUGCUGCCGCUGCUGGUGCAGGCCGUCCAGCUGCAGACCAGUGUCAAGCAGGCCGCCAGCUAGGCAGAGCCCCGGGGUGUUGUCGCCAUGUCGAUGAGACAUUGUUUGGACGCGGGGCCGCGCUGCCAGUGCUAUUCGGCUACGCCUAGACUGCUUUUGGACAGCUUGAUACGUGGGUUCACUGGUGCUGAGUCAAUAAAACGUUUUAAUGAUAUUUAUACAGACAUCGGGAGAGCCAAGGGCAGCUUCCGUUAUGUAACAUUCGAGUAAUUUAUCAAUACGGAUGCCACUACCUAGUUUUGCAUUUUACUGAUUUUAUGUUCAUAUGGGUGCAACGAUGUUGACGUUGAUUCAGCUGGGACGUUCUAAAAAAAAACAUUGGCUGCUUUCAUUGUGUGAAACGACGAA